AUGCGCUAUACAACUUUGAGUGCCAAAGAACCAGAAAUUGUUCGAUGGUACUGGCGGAUAGCAGCUUUAUGUGCGUCUUGUCUGAUACUGGGAGGCUUUCUCGUAAUUCCUUCUAUAUUUGACUCGGAACCUCAACUACGAGUAUCGAAGACGACCUUGGGCGGCUUCGGCAUUGGUCUGCUGGCGCUUGGCUUCUCUCUUGCGGCGCUCAGUAGCUUCUGCAGUCGUAGCUGGGCUUUUACUGCUGAGCAUGUUUUGAUACCCUGCAUCUUUGCAUGCCUCAUCGGCUUUCUGAAUGUGCCAUACUGCUUCGUCGUCAGCACUCGCUUCCAAUGGAAUGUAGCAGCUAUGACCACCAUGAUCGGCUCCGCCUCGACAGCGUUUCUCUUCACAAUUCUCUACUUGUUCGCUCGCCGCAAAUUCACACAACUAAAAUCCGAGCAGAACACAUUUUCUGACGAUGUCAAUCUUUUACGCCGACCUAGCAAUACGAGUGCCUCAGGGUCAUAUCAUACUCAGAGUUACUUCAAGAACCACAUUGCAAACAUGCACCCCACUGUGCGUACGCCGCCGGCUGCGACACCACCAGAUGAGCUGUCACUUGACGAUGUCGAGCUUCAAAGACGACGCAUGUCAGAUCUAUUGCACAAGCCCGAGCCACAACCAUCUUCAGCGUCCAGCCCGUUCAAUCGUAUCGACUUUGUUGUGGACGAAAUAGACUCGCCCUUGAAUGGCUACUACGCGCCCACUGGUGGAGGUCAUCUGGCAGCUCACUCGCUCGAAGAUCCAUCAUGGCGUUCGCGUAAUGCAAGCUGGGUUACGAACGACUCGCGACGUAACUCUUCUCGUGAGGAACGACGUCGUGAGAUUGAGAUGGGUAGAUGA